AUGCGUGAAGCAAGAAGCGGUUCGGGACUUGUGGAAUUGAAAUCUAAUAACAAAACGCUCACACCGGAAGCAUUUUCAACAAUACCAUCUGAAGAUAUUAAAAAUUGGUUCGAUCCGUCAAUGAGAAAGGACUUGCCAAAACAACUAUUGAUUGCAAUGCAGGUUUCAAAAGAUGGUACGGAGGAACCUUUAAUAAUCAUCCCAUUCAAUAAAACAGUGGUCGAAAACCAGACGAAACGCGAAGUUUACAGACCACGAACUUCCCCGUCCAACAAAUUUGUCAAAGCAAUUAAUGACAUUGAACUAGCACAGACAAACGCCAACGCCUCAGAUGUAAAGUACAGCAGUGCUGCCUUAGCUAAACUGAAAUUGGUUGUUGAGAGAGCCAUACGGAGUAAGAGCUAUAAAUACGCGAGACAGGUAACGUAA